AGUCUACCAUCAACGGGAUUACUUUAUCUCCCGUAACUCGCCAUCCAUCUUCAUAGCCGCAAAAUUUUUGGAAAAAUAACAUUUUAAUACUCAAGUGUAAUUAUGGACUCCGUUUCUGCACCCCCGGUUUGCCGUGCUCUUGCAGUUCCAUGACUGGCGGGGAUUGGACACGGUAGCCCCACUCAGACGCGCUGUGACAGAAACAAGUCUCCUCAUCUGGGAAGACUCAACAACCCUCGCCUAGUAACGAGAUUUGAAGCCUCCCCCUUUAUCAAACUAACGGGAUCGUCGGAUACCAAUGACUUAUUAAAAUGACACCUUAAGUUACCCUCUUAUUACGCGCUGGUGUGUGCUGUCUCUGGUAUUAUUUUUCAUUUUCACAGUGGGAGCGAAAGAGCGGGGAAACAGGAAACUCGUCCAUCUCCAAGUUUUUCGGAUCUCAGGGGCGCAGUGGAGGGAGCGAGCGGCGAUGGCAGCCCGGAUGACAGCAGCGUUCGCUCUUCUGGUUCUCACCGUGGCAACUGCCUUGGGUGCGGAGAUAGAGGAGCGACUGGUGACCUACCUGCUGUCUCCAGAGCGCUACAACAAACUGAUUAGACCUGCUGUCAACAAGAGCCAACAGGUCACCAUCCAUAUACAGGUGUCCCUGGCCCAGCUCAUUAGUGUGAAUGAGAGAGAACAGAUCAUGACCACCAACUGCUGGCUGACUCAGGUAUGGAAUGACUACAGGUUGAUGUGGGACCCAGAGGAGUAUGAGGGCAUUAAGAAGGUCCGCCUCCCGUCUCAACACAUCUGGCUGCCUGACAUCGUCCUCUACAACAAUGCGGAUGGGAACUAUGAGGUCUCAUUCUACUCCAACACGGUGGUCUCCAACAAUGGAGAGGUGAACUGGCUGCCCCCCGCCAUCUACAAGUCGGCCUGCAAGAUCGAGGUCCGCGACUUCCCCUUCGACCAGCAGAACUGCACGCUCAAGUUCCGAUCCUGGACCUACGACCACACGGAGAUCGACCUGAUCCUGCUCAGCGACUUCGCCAGCCGUGACGACUUCAAGCCCAGCGGCGAGUGGGACAUCGUGUCUCUGCCGGGACGCAAGAACGAAGACCCCUCUGACAUCACCUACCUGGACAUCACCUAUGACUUCAUCAUCAAGCGCAAGCCACUGUUCUACACCAUCAACCUCAUCAUUCCCUGUGUCCUCAUCACCUCUCUGGCCAUCCUGGUGUUCUACCUGCCCUCUGACUGUGGAGAGAAGAUGACUCUCUGUAUAUCAGUCCUCCUGGCCCUCACUGUGUUCCUGCUGCUGAUCUCCAAGAUCGUCCCACCUACGUCUCUAGCUGUCCCUCUCAUAGGGAAGUAUCUGAUGUUUGCCAUGGUGCUGGUCACCUUCUCCAUCGUCACCAGUGUCUGUGUGCUCAACGUGCACCAUCGCACGCCCUCCACACACACCAUGCCCCCCUGGGUCAAACGUCUCUUCCUGCACCGCCUCCCCUCCUUCCUGUUCAUGCGUCGGCCGGCCAGCUCCAACAUCCGAGAGAGGUUCCGCCAGAAGCACCAACGGCCCUCCUACUCCGACCUGAAGCUGAGAGACGGGGCAGUGGCAGUGGCCCCGGCCGCGGGGGGAAUGGGGGUGGCAGAGGGGUCUGGGAUAGGCAGGGCCGACUCCUUCUAUGUGAAUGAGGAGUCGGCCAAGCGGUACGGCUGGAAGAUCAGCGACCUGUCGGAGAACACAGAGUUCAGAAAGAGGAUGACAGUGAAGUGUCACGCAGACGUUGAGGAGGCUGUGGACGGGGUGCGCUAUGUUGCCGAGAAGAUGAAGAGUGAGGACAACGAUGAGGGGGUCAUCGAGGACUGGAAGUAUGUUGCCAUGGUGAUUGACCGGCUCUUCCUAUGGAUAUUUGUGUUUGUGUGCAUUACUGGGACUUUGGGGCUGUUCAUGCAGCCCCUCUUCCAGAGCUACAACACACCUACUGCAGACGACCUGGAGCAGAACUGACCUAUGACCUUUGACCCGAAACCUGACCCUGACGCCCCCCAACACCCCCAUGAGGAACAACCGCCGCGAGUAAAACAGCUACUUACCAACACCUUGAAACAGAACUGUGUUAUUCUGACACACUCACAUACUGUACGCACACAGCACACCGGCCGCCACCACACCAACCAAUGCCCCUCAACCUCCCCUCUUAACAUCUUGUAUGGAACAGAGCAACCCCACCAACCCUAGAAAAUGGGUCUGUUGUUUUUCAUUUUAUUUCUGCAUUUAGUUUGAAAAGGGGAACCAAUCUUUUCUGCAGAGUUCCAGAAUAAUUUGCUGAGCCCAAAGAUCCACACACACGACGAGCCCGACCCUGGCCAGAAGACGAGGACAGAGCCUCCAGUCUCUGCUACAGAGAAGGACAGCUCCUCCGUGUGUCCUCGUCCAGUAAAGCACACACACACACACACACACACACACACACACACACACACACACACACACACACACACACACACACACACACACACACACACACACACACACACACACACACACACACACACACACACACACACACACACGACAAGCCAGGCCCUGGCCAGAAGACGAGGACAGAGCCUCCAGUCUCUGCUACAGAGAAGGACAGCUCCUCCGUGUGUCCUCGUCCAGUGAAGCACAGACACACACACACACACACACGACGAGCCAGACCCUGGCCAGAAGACGAGGACAGAGCCUCCAGUCUCUGCUACAGAGAAGGACAGCUCCUCCGUGUGUCCUCGUCCAGUGAAGCACAGACACACAGACAUAAAUCUUGCCUUCAGACGAAGAGGGAGAGACGCAUUUCUUUAGACAGGAAUGCCAGCAGGCUUGUUAUUUUGCUGUGAAACGGGAAGCCUUGACUGUCUCCCCUCACGCUACAGUGUGUUGACUGAGUACUACUGUACAGUAUUCGGGACUGCUUCUGGCCCCAGGUGGUCAGUCACCUGAUGGUCUUUCAAUGCGUUAACAUGAGCUUUUUUAGCUUACCGGGUUAUGUGUGUAAUUUUACGUUCAAAAUGGUUGUUCUUAUGUGUUCAAAGAGGGUGGGACCAAUGGGAAGCUAGCUGUUGAGUAAAUACAAAAUGACCAUCAAACUGUUGUCACUCACCGUUGCUUCUCUUAAAGGUACAGUACGCUGGUGUAAGAAGUGUUCAUUCUCACAAGGUUUUUCCAGGUAACCAGCAGCUGUACACAAACUCCAUAAGCAAACCGGUCAAACUGAACAGCGUUUGGCUCUGCACUAGCAAUCUUCCAGGCGGUAUAAACACUGCUCAGUAUUUUUUCAGAAAUCUUUAACCUAAGUCUGUGUUCAACUUAUUUAUUGUGACUGUCAUAUAUGCACUCUGUCACUGCUAUAAAUGCUAGCCAAGGGAAGGCAUACUGUACACAUUUCAAGUGAGGAGUUUUGUUCUCAUCUCAUGUAUUUCUUUUUAUCAGUGUAAAGAAGGGAACAUGUGUUUUUCUUCCGCUGGCCAGUUAUGUGACCUGUUUUGGUUUGUCGUCCUGGACUGAUGUAUUCUGGGUAGCGCUCAGAAUUACAGGAAGUAACAAUGCUGAUGUCAUGUCAAAGAAGUCAAUAAAAGGAAACAACAACGGGAUGAGGUUCUGGA